AAGCUGUGUUCUUUUGUGUGCAGAAUUCAGACACUUUAUCUCCGCAAAGAGGAAGCUUCUUCACAUCACAGGUAAAAGAGGCGCGGUCAGGCAAGAAACAGAACUGAAUUCCUGCCUGCACUUGCGCCACCUGAGAAACGUCUACAGUGAAAUUUAGAUCUUAAUUUAUUUAAUUCCGCCGGUUGGGAUUAAGGUGUUGCCCUAUGUUUCCGUGGCGUUCUCAAUGGUUUGCGGAAAUCCAGCCUGUUUCUCUUACUCGGAAAUUGAAGACAGUUUGAGAAGUGGUUUAGGGGUGCGAGCGGCUGGAAGAUCUUGCCGGUCUUUAGGGAGUUGUGUACCAACACGAUUUGGAGAUUAUCACCUGAUGAAGGAGCGUCGCUCCGAAAGCUAGUGUGCUUUCGGACUAUAACCUGGUACCAACACGGACAGCGAAGUGAGUGAACUCAUUCAACCGGCCAGGGACAGCAGAGAGCUGCCUGCUAGAUACCGAUAUCCUGUUCAUUGGGAAGUUUCCUUCAGUAGAAAAUGGUAGUCUUAUCACAACUGUUCGCAGAUGACAUACCACUGCCUCGUGGUAAUGCAGCCAAAUGGUCAUCCAUCUUUGUGAUGCUUGCAUCUUUCAGCUAUAUGUUUAUUUGCACUGAAAUAAACAUCGUUGCACAGCAAAUCAUGCUUCAGCUUUUUAUAUCAUUAUUAGCUCAAAGUUUGUUAAAGCUGUGUGAUUUUCUUGAAGAACGCAGGCACGUUCCUUCCAGAUACAAGAAUAGCUGGAAGGCUUUAAGUGCAUCAUUUAAUCAAAAUGGAUAUGGCUAUCGAUUAGUAGUAUUUAUACUAUUCUACUGCAUUGUUCAGCACUGUAGGAUUGAUGAUGUUCAUUUUACAAGUUCUUUGGCAUGCAAUGUAAGCAGUUACUGUUUCUGCUGUGCUUUCCUCAAGGUUUUUGGAUUCCUUGAUCUCACUCCAGCUGAAAUUUCAGAAAUCUGUGAGAAGAGUAAAUUUAAUGUUGCUCAUGGAUUGGCUUGGUCCUAUUACGUUGGUUACCUGAAAUUAAUUUUGCCAAAUCUGGAAGAAAGAAUAAAGAAAUGCUAUGUUAAAAAUGUACUAGAUUGCAAAGAAAAUUGGAAGUUAUACAUCCUAAUCCCAUUCAGCUGUAAGAUUUAUGGCAAAUUAGAGAAGAUGGACAGCAAGAUUGAAUUCUGUCAAAACCUGCCAGAGAUCUGUAUUGACAGAGCUGGAAUAAAAGCAAGAAGUUACAAGAAUAGUAUUUAUACCAUUUAUGAUCAAAAUAACAGGCCUCAUCAUUGUAUCCUUGAAUAUGCCACACCACUGGGGUCACUGUUUGAAAUGUCGAAUGAUGCCACUGCAGCCUUUAGCAAAGAACAGCGCCUAGAGCAGGCCAAGUUGUUCUAUAUCACCUUAGUGAAUAUCCUGAACAACUCUCAAGAAUGUGCAGGUUACUUUAGACUAAUUCCAUAUGACGAUGACUUAGAGGAAGGACAAAUGGACUCACAUUUUUUAUCUACCCUGAUCCUGAAGCAUCUGGCACAGGAGAGAAUAGAAUAUACUGUACCAGAACAAGCCACUUGGAAUGAACUAUUAAAUGAAGACCAAUUAAUGAUCAGCAAAAGUGAUGAUCCACAGACUUUACAAAGUAUAAAUCACUAAGUGGUGUAUCUUCAUCUAUAUAUUUUACUGUAAUUUUUACUAGUGCCUUUUUUCAAGGUUAUAUUGCACUAUUCAGUUUUGACACAAUUAUAGAUGCUUAUACUAGAUUUAAAAAUUGUCCAUAUUCCUUUUGAGAUUAAAAUGGAAUAUCAAAUUCAAGUGACAAAUAUCAGCCAAAUUUCUGUACAAUUCUCAGGAGCUCUUAUCCUAUCUACUAUGUGUGGGAUAUUGUCUAAAAUAAGAGUGCUUUAUUAGAUUAUUAAUAAAUAUUUAUAGUACUGCGCAAGGUUGGUCAAUGGCUGGCAAUUCUUUUUUGUAAUAGCGAUAAACUUCAUGCAUGAAGCUGUCAUGAUUGUGCAAGCCAAUCAAGCUUCAAAAUUGAAUUUAUUCCCAAUUUACUACAAUAUUUAGGGUAUAGUUUGUUUUGCUUGCUGUCUGCUUUCAGGGUAUUCCAAAAUGAGGGUCACAAAUAAGAUUGUUGCUACUAAAAAAUAAAUUCAUCCAGUUUAGGACGUAGAAGUUUGCUGUCACAUGCUGUAGUUGAGGCAAAUAUUAGAUGCAUUUAAAGGAAAUCUAUGUACGUGCAUGUCUGAAAAAGAAAGUUAUGUUUAUUUGGGGAGAUGGAACAGAAUACGAGGCAAAUUGUGCAGGGGAACAUAAAGAGCAGAUGAAUCAGUUGGGCUGAAUGGCUUAUUUCUGGUGUGUAAUUUCGUAAUGUAAGUGCUGGGUGCUGCAAUGUUUUCUUCCUUAUUCCACCUUACUUUCAGUAUCUAGCCUCUUAAGUUUGAUAUCACACAUGUUAAGUUUCCUUCAUACUCCCAGCAAUGCUGUUUUUUUCAAUCUGAGAGAAGCACUAAUGUCAUAUUACCGUGUUCCAAAACAACUAUCUGAAUCUUACUAAGAGUAACAACUUAAUAUCACCUAUAACUGAACUAUGUAUAAUUAAAGAGAAUAGUUUUUCGAUUAGAUUAGAUUAGAUUCCCUACAGUGUGGAAACAGGCCCUUCAGUCCAACCAGUCUACACCGACCC